AUGGAGAGUCGAGUUGAGUGUGGGGAUGAUGAAAGAGGGCCCGGCACCGUGGCGAUACGUCGAUGGCACAGCGAGCGAGCGACUGGACUCGGCGAGUACCAGGCGCGGAAGAGACAACGAAGAAGUUUAAGUAGAACGGAACGUGGUUGCGGUGCGAUCCUGUCGCUGUCGCCCAUCGAGGACAUGGACGGGGAUGAUCUUUUGGGCGUAGCGGCCAUGCAGAGCAGAGCAGUGUGGUCAGUGCAGUCAAUCCAUCCGUCAAGAGGCAAGAAUCAAGUUCAACGUCAGGGCCAGUACCAGUGGUGCAGUGCAGUGCAAGUGCAGUACAAGGCAGGUGGAAAGUCAGGUCUCGCACGCCCACGGUGCACGAGCAAGAAGGCCUGCCGCAUGUGUGGAAAGAAAAAGUGGGACAAGGAUAGCGAGGGAGAGUGCAGUGCCUCGAGGAGAGAGAGAGAGAGAGCGCGCAGGUUGGUUGCGGGCGAUGGCGAUGGCGAUGAUGGGCAGGGUAAGGAUUGCGGCAAGGCAAGGUCAAGGUUGGACCGGGAUGAACGAACUGGUGGUUUGGGAGGAGAGGAGAGAGGAGCACAGAGAUGGAUGGAGAUUCGGAGACAGAGAGAGAGAGAGAGCAUGGAUUACUCGUCGAUGGAUGGAUGGAUGGUUAGACGCACGCAACACGCAGAGCAGACGGAAAAGCAACAACGGGUGCUGGUGCAAUACUCGCAGUCAAACCAGGUCCUUGUCCUCAUCCUCGUCCUGGUCCUGGUCGUUGUCCUUCCUUGUCCUUGCCCUGUGGCCCCUCCCCUGUUCCAUAUCCUGGAGAGCAUAUCAUAUCCUUGACGGGCAGCGGCUGCAGCCCAGCAUCAUCCCAGCCUGUCUCGCACUGGCGACCACUCGAGCCAUAUGGCUUCAAACCCGGAUGGGGGCGUCUUCUUGCCUCAAAGCCGCUUAGUACUCCUCAACAUCAUGAC